AUGACCAGACGUCUAGUUCAGCAGCCGCCAAUGUACUCAACAUCCCUCGGCGGCACCUUUCGCCCCAAAUACCCAUCCGUCCCCUUCCAAAAUGAAGACAUUCAACCCCAGAAGAAGGUGAUCAUCACCGUCAUCAAAGCCGGCCUCCUGAUCCCAGGCGACGGCGAGCCCGUCAAAGACUCCGCCCUCGUCAUCGCAGACAAGUUCAUCGCCUGGAUCGGCCCGCAAUCCGACAUCCCGUCAAAGUAUACCGACGCCCCCCACAGAUCUUACACCGUGCCCUACCUCAUGCCGGGACUAUGGGACUGCCACGCGCACUUCAUGAUGGGCAGCCCCAACGACGCUGGCAACGGCGACGCGUACCUGGGUAUCCUCACCGAGCACCCCUCCGCCAUGGGGGCGCGCCUCACCCGCGGCUGCUGGCUGGCCAUUCAGCGCGGCUACACCUCCAUGCGCGACGUCGCCGGUCUAGGCUGCGAGAUCAGCAAAGUCAUUGAAGAGGGCACCAUCGUGGGACCGAACGUCUACAGCUCCGGGUCGUGCCUGAGCCAGACGGCAGGACACGGCGAUAUCUUUUCGCUGCCGGCCGGGGAUGUCCUCCUCAACCUCGGCGUUUCACAGAUCUCCCCUGGUCAUUUUGGAACCUUCUCGACCAUGCUUGUGGAUGGGGUGGACGAGUGUCGGAAGGCGGUCCGGCUGCAGAUCCGGCGCGGGGCCAAAUGCAUCAAGAUCCUUGCGUCGGGCGGUGUAAUGUCCCGCGACGAUAACCCGUUGUAUGCGCAGUUUAGUCCCGAGGAGCUGCAGACCAUCGUAGAGGAGGCGACGAGGCAGGGGAGAGCUGUUGCGGCGCAUGUGCACGGCAAGCCUGGCAUUAUGGCGGCGGUCAAAGCCGGCGUGACCACAGUGGAACACGUCUCGUUUGCAGACCAGGAGUGCAUCGAUCUCAUCAAGGAGAAGGGGACCAUCUACAUUGCCACGCGUCUCAUCAUGGACAUGAUCAUUGAUAGCGGCGGCGAGGGGAUCCCGAAGUACGCCUAUGAGAAAGCCAAGAUUUGCGCCGAGAAUCACCUGGUGGCGUACAAGAUGGCCAUCGAGCAGGGCCUCCCCAUCGCUUUGGGCACGGAUACAGGACCAGGGUUCAACAUGGCCAUGGAGCUUGAGUCGGCUGUGAAGGCCGGGAUGAGCAACCUGGAGGCCAUCAAGGCGGCCACAGCGAACGGGCCUUUGAGCGUCGGGAGCCAGGUACCCAAGACGGGGCAGUUGAGGGUCGGGUAUGAGGCGGACGUGAUUGGCGUGUUGGAGAACCCAGUGGAAGAUGUCAAGGUGCUCCAGAAGAUUGAUAACAUCGGUUGGGUGUGGAAGGGCGGGAAGAUCUUCAAAGGACCGGGGGUUGGCCCAUGGGGGGAGUCUGAAUGGUGGGGUGACGAAGCUUCCUUCAGCAGUUGA